UAGCAACAGAAAGGAGAAACAAAAGAAAUCCAGUUUCUCAAAAUCGAGUUGACUAAAACUCCUGUCUUUUCGUAACCAUUGCCUGUCUUCUGGAGCCCAAUUCUCAGGAUGCUUCGUUACAUCAGGAGGAGCUGUAUCAGAGAGAAAACUCUGUUUCGCUGGACCCUAAACAUGCAGCUCAACACAGAGUAAUCAGUGCGAGCAGAGCUCUUUCCCUGAAUGAAUCCAAGUAACCCUGCUGGUUGCCUUUUGAAAUGACCAGCAGACUCUCUUCGGUGUAGAGGCUGCCCCAGGUAAAACUCUCCUUCUGAGAGACCAUGUCCGUCCCAGGAAAUCUUGGUGCAGAGCUUUCCACUACAACUGUCUGCUCAGUAGCCGUGCAGGCUGGAGACUCCAAAAUAGUGAUAGCUGUCAUAAAGUGUGGCAAAUGGGUACAAUUUCAGCUGGCUGAGUCACAGCCCAAUCUUCUGGAAAUUGGGGGCAGUCAAGAUGAAACCAAAAAACUGCUUCAUGACCAUGAACUUCUUUUGGCCAAGCUCAAGGCUUUGGAAGACCGGGUGUGGGAACUCCUGCAGGAAGCGGACAAGACUGCAGAAGAGAACAAGGAUCAGAGUCAGGUCUACGAUGCCAUGGCCCAGACCCUGGGUGACGCGUGGGCAGCGCUGGUCUCCAUGCUUGAAAGAAGAAGGGAGCUCCUUAGGUUAACCUCUGAAUUUUUUGACUAUGCCUUGGAGUUUGCUAUCAAAAUAGAUCAAGCUGAAGAUUUCCUCCAGAAUCCUCCUGAGUUUGAGAGUGCUGAGGCCUUAAAAUUACUUCUUCACCUUCAUGAGCAUCACACCAAAGAACUCCUAGAACGAUCUCUAGCCCUUUUAAAUAAAAGUCAACAACUCACUGACUUCAUAGAACAGUUCAAGUGUGAUGGGCCUUACGUGAAUUCUGAGCUGGUUCAGGGAGCUCGGAGCAGUUGUCUGAAGAUUGACAGCCUCCUUGAACUUCUGCAAGACCGGAGAAGGCAGCUGGACAAGCACCUGCAGCAGCAGCGGCAAGAAUUGGCUCAUGUUCUACACAUGUGUCUGUGGAACCAACAAGAAGACCAGGUUACUUGUUGGUUUCAGAAAACGAUGAGAGAUUUGCAAGAGCAAAGUCUAGGUGUAUCACUUUCAGACAAUGAAGAACUGAUUUCUAAACAUGAGAAAUUGAUAAUGAAAGCAAAGGAAUGGAAUUCCACUGUGGAGGAGCUGAAGGGCAAGGCCCUGGCACUUCUGCUGUCAAAGGACUGUGUGGAGAGAGAACAGCUACAGCUCUCUAACCAGAAACUGAAUCGGCUUCAAGAUGAGCUUGGGCAACUCAUAAUGGACAGGAAGAUCCAGUUACAAAAGGCAAAUGACUUUUUUAGCAGUGCUAACAAGGCAUUUGAUGUACUUGGAAGAAUUGAAGCUUACCUUAAGCUCCUUAAAUCAGAGGGUUUAAGUCUGCCUGACUUGGCAGCGAGGCAUGAGGAAUUACACAGAGAAAUUAAAGAGUGCGCAGCUGAUGCUUUGCAAAAGGGACAAACCUUAAUCAGCCAGGUAGACUCCUGCAGCCCUCUGGUGAGCGGCGUCCAGGAGAUGAUGGGUUGCGUGCAGAGACGCGUGGACCACCUCGCCAAACAGUGUUCAGCGCGGGAGGAAUUAGCUUUCAGGAAGCAGCAAUUAACAGCCUCGGUGGAGGGCUACCUCAACAAGGUGGAAAUGUCAAUUCAGAAAAUCAGUUCAGUACUUUCCAGUGCAAUGGAUGUUGGUUCCAGCCUAUUUGAAACAGAGAAGCUUCUAAAUAAAUACUUGGAUCUAGAUAGCCAAGCCAAGGAGACAUCGCAAGCAUUACAGGCAGCUACAAAAAUCAUGACAGAGAACAAUGAAUUUGAACCUGAGGAAGUGGCAUCACUUUCCUUUAAAGCUAAAUGGCUGGAAGAAGAAUUAAACAUACUUAGUGAAAGCAUCAGUUCCAGGUCACAAGUCCUGCAAACCUAUGUGGCGUUUCUAAAGUCAUCAGAGGAGGUAGAGGAGCAGUUUCAGAGCCUAAAGAAAUUUUAUCAAACCAAAAUCCCUCGGAAAGAAGAGGAUGAUGCUAAAGCCCAGUUUUGGUCUGGCUCAGCUGAGAAGCAGUGGCAGCUAUUUUUAAAGAAAAGUUUUUUAUCCCAAGACCUGGGGAUCAAGUUCCUUAAUUUAAUACAAAUGGUAAAAAAGAGCGAGAUAACAAAUGGGGAAAAUGAAGCCCACAUUAUGGAGAGCACCCUGGAAAACCAGAAGGCUGAGCGGGCAGAGCUCAGCCACCUUCGGGUUGCAUGGCAGCUUGAAGCUACCUCACGUGAGCCCAUGAAGCAGCGGUGGGGAGCAUUCAAAGAGCAGCUUAAGAAGACUUCUCACAACUUAAAGCUUCUUCAGGAAGUACUCAUGCCUGUGUCCGCCCUUGACCUUGGAGGAAGCCUCCAGACCAUUGCAGAUCUGCAGAAAAAAUGGACUGAAAUGAGGCCACAGUUCCAGCAACUGCAUGAUGAGGUUCAGUACAUUGUGAAAGAAUCACAAGGGCUAAGUGACAAAGGAGCCCCUGUGAAAGAGAAAUCUCAACAGCUCAAAGAUAUUAUUCACCUCCAUCAGAAACAGACAGAGAGAAUCCAGGAUUAUGAGAAUGUCCUAUACAAACUAGUCCAGUUCCACCAGGUUAAGGAGGAGCUGGGACGUCUUACCAAAUCCAAAGAACUGGAGUUUCAAGACCAGCUGAAGGAACUGAGCGAUGCCCAUGAGGCCCAGAUUCAUCUUGGUCGCUCUCAGGAAAAGCAGGCACACGUAGAGCGUCUCCAGGAACUGGCCUUUUCCUUAGGAGUGGACAUCAUCUCAUCAGCACAGCAGCCCAACUGCUCUAAUAUUUCUGCGAAGAACUUGCAGCAGCAGCUGGAGGCCCUUGAGGUGGACCACAUGAACUGGCGUGCAAGAGCCAAGGAGCAUGAGCAAGCCUGGUCCCUCAGCUUGGAGUUCUGUGCUACAGGAGCUGAGAUAAAUGAGCUCAAAGAGUCAUUCAAAGAUAUCAAAAAGAAAUUCAACAAUUUGAAGUUUAAUUAUACUAAGAAAAAUGAAAAAGCUCGAAAUCUGAAGGCUCUUAAAUAUCACAUCCAGCAAGUUGAUAUGUAUGCUGAAAAAAUGCAGGCUUUGAGAAGAAAAAUGGAAAAACUUAGUAGUAAAACUUCUGAUUCUUUCUUAAAUUAUCCAAGUAAUAAAGUUAAUGUCAUUUUGGAAGCCAUGAAAGAUUUGCAAAAACAUGUGAAUGACUUUGACAAAGUUGUCACAGACUACAAGACAAAUUUGGACCUGACCGAACAUCUCCAGGAAUUAAUAGAAGAGUGUUACUUUUGGUAUGAAGAUGCAAGUGCUACCAUUGUACGAGUUGGAAAAUAUUCCAUGGAGUGCAAAACCACAGAAGCUGUGGAAAUUCUCCACCAGCAGUUCAAUAAGUUUAUUGCACCGUCAGUGCCUCAGCAAGAAGAAAGGAUUCAGGAGGUCACGGACCUGGCUCGGCGCUUAUAUGGUAUGGAAGAAGGAAAGAAAUACACUGAGAAAAUAGUGGCAAAGCACAAGGAGAUUCUUGAGUCUAUUACUGAAUUAUGUGGGUCUCUCACAGAACUGGAAGAAAAACUGAAGCAGGGAGAUGCUCUAAAGAUGAAUCCAAGUCUGGAAGACUUUCACAGCAACUGUAUUGACCUAAUAACGGAACCAUUAAGAAAUAAGCAGAAAGUAUUCAAUGAAGAAAUCAAUAAGGGACAAAUGCAGGGGGCAGACAUUUUGGCCAUCAGUGAGACAGGCGAAGAUGGACUUCCACGGAAGCCGAGCCGACUGUCCUCUGCCAAAGAGGGUAGCGUCCAGGGCUUGCUGCUGCCUGAAGACGUGCUAUCAGGAGAAGAAUCUGAGUGUGUCUCUCCUGACGACAUCUCCUUGCCUCCUCUCCCUGAAAGCCCUGAGUCUCCCCUUACACUGUCAUCAGACAUGGAGGUGGAAGAGGCCCCCAGCCCCUCAGCCUCCAGCCUUCCCAUGAGCAGCUCCAACAUGCAGUCCAAGACCUGCGGCCCAGGGGAAGCCCAGGAGUCUGUUCUUCUAACACCUGUCACUUUUGCUAAUGCAUACAAUAAGAGAGAAACAUUUUCAAGUCAUUUUGAGAGACCUCAAGCCCAAUUCAAAGCUGAGCCCCCGUUAACCUCUGGAGGAUUUCUGGAAAGCAGCACUGCCUUCCUCAAAAUCAGUGCUAAGCAGCCAGAGAGCAUGCCGAGUGAUGUGCAUGACAGAGCUUUACAGAAGCACGCGCAGGAAAGUUUGCUAGAAACACAGGAGAAAAUGCAUGGCCUUGGUAGCAGCACUAAAACCCAAGAUAGGCUGCAUGCUUCCUCUGAUGUGUUCCAAGGCCUCGGCUUUCAACCAGGCACCAGCCCAGGCUUGCAGAGGCAAAUGGUUCCCGGAGAAGAGGCGAAAAGCACAUCAGCAAAGAGCAACAUGGUCAGCCUAGCUGGCCAGGCACCUCAUUUCUCUAGGCUCCUGUCCAAUGUAACAGUCACGGAAGGUUCUCCAGUGACUUUGGAAGUUGAAGUAACGGGAUUUCCAGAACCUACACUAACAUGGUACAGGAAGGGCCAGCAGUUGUCUGCAGAUGGGCACUUUCAGGUUUUACACAAGGAGACAAAGCAUUCGGUGUUCAUUCCGAAGGUACGUGAGGCGGAUGCAGGCCUCUAUGUGGCACGGGCCCAAAAUUCUAGUGGCACUGUCUCUUCCAGUGUCAUCCUCCACGUGACAGGUAACGUCGGGCCACCCAUCACAAGAAUCAACUGGAUAAUGCUGUGUGUCAUCUAUGUUAGUGUGUCCCUGAUGUACUGGCUACUCACACAGUAACUGGUAUUGGCAUCAAGGGACAUCAUUCUUUGAGCCUCGGGGAUGACAGAGUUGUUUACUCUUUGGAACCUCCAAGAGAGCAGCCCCUACAAAGGUGUCUCUGCUCUGGCCAUCUUGCUUGCUUGGCUAAUACAACUUACAAGGUGAAAAAAUGCCGCAUCUUCUUCAACUGGUUACACCGAGGAACUUCAACUGGUAUUUGAGGAAGUUGGUAAGUUAGGUGCUGUGGAUAAGGAUAUAUUUUUGUGCUCUAGAAAGAUGUAUUCACUGUAGUAUGCAGCAAAAUUAUACUAUGCUUUUUCCGUCCUCAUCAAAGGACAGGCAGAUGAGUGAUGACAUUGGACAGAGAUGUGAGCUAAUUUGCAUUUCCAGUUGUUUGAUAAUUUAUUCUUAAUUGUACUCAUAAACUUUUUUUCAGUGCAUAGCAGUAGAACUAUUGAGCUGCAGUUGUGACUGUCAACAUUGCAUUAGCUGUCCUAUUUUUCAUGGGUUGAUCUCAUCUCUUGAAGUAUAUUCUGUGUAAUUUCAACAUGGACUACAUUCCUAAGUCUGAGAAUGUCAUUGUAAAUAGUCCUUCCUCAUGCUGAUUUCACAAACUUGACACUGGAGAAUAGAUGUGCUACUAACUGUAAAUGAGGUUUCAAUUUUCCAUCGGAUCCACACUUUAUAGAUCAACAUGAAAUAGGAGUUGCAGGAAUGGACCAACAUUAUACCUGUCAUUCCAUUGGUGUGUUUUUUGUGUCCAUGUAGACAAAUGUAAUCAGCUCCUCCUGCCUCUUAUGUCCAUUAUGCUGCUGACCACUUUCAGAGUAUGUAGUAAAGCAUCUCAUUGCCUCAGAUUCCCAUCUGAACAAUGGGUGCAUUGUCUACCUCUUGGAAAAUUACAAUUUUUCAUUUCAUGUCUUGUAAAGAUCUAGAAAAUAGAAAACAUUCUACAAAGGUUAAAAGUGACUGUAUUGUUUAAUUUGUCAUCACACUGGCCUACUGCCCACUGUUACUCUUUCAGAUAGUGUUUCUUUAGAAUAUUAAACUGAAAGAGUGCCAUUCAUGUACAACUUGCAACUGUUCGCAGAAGGGAAAAUGAUCUUAAAAAUAGGAGAUAAAUUCCUUUCUCAUUUCUUACACUUGUAUCCUUUUCAAAGACUUGAAAUUAAACUCAGGAAGACACAUUUAGAAUGUUGUAGAUUAAGUAUGUAAUAAGAUAGUAAAGGUGAAUUCUGGCAUUUUUACAAAUACCAUUAUAAUGCUGAAAACUGAUAUAUUCCUUUUUAAAAUGCACUAUUUCCUUUGAAAGAUCAUUUUUCAACUUUGUUAAAUAAGUGAGGUAUUUGUUUUUUAAUAUUUGAAUGUAGUCUGUCAUGGUAGGACAAAAUCUUUAGUUGAAAAAAUAAUUCAUCACAGAUUUUUGAUGAGGGGAAUUAAUUAUGUUGCUAGCAGAUUGUCUACAAAUAAUCACAAUAUUUAAAUGUAAUAUAUUCAAGUUGAUAUUAAAAAGUUACGGAGUGCUAUCUGAUGAUAUGAAUGUCUAGUCAAGUAUAAAGUUGGCAUCGUAGCUUGUACUGCAUAUUCAAUUUAUUUAGAAAAUUAAAACUCUUAAUUUUUUUCCAAAUUUUGUCAAAGCCUGUUAAAUGCUUAUAUAUGUCUUUUACCACUCCUAUCAUUGUUAUCCAAUUUUAAGUGUCUGUGUAUUUUAUCUAACUAUUAUUGCCCAUGUGGAAACUAAGGAGUAAAACCUAUUCAUAUCUAUAAGAGGGAGGAGGACAAGGUAACAAAUUCUCUCUCUUCACACUUUCAAUCUCUUGUUUAUUUGGUGGGAUUUUUAAUUUUUAUUCACAUGAUCAAUUUUGAGUACAGGAAUUUGUAAGGCAGAGAAAUCACUUGUUGGUUUUAUCUGCUGUACUCCAGUUAAUGUUAAUCGUUUGGGGAACAGGGUAAGCUAUAAAUCCAUCCUAAAUGUCUGACCAUAUCACACAUGUCAAAUAUGUGGGUAAGUUUGCAUAUGUAAGUUGAGCUCCAAUACUGAGAGAAGAGUCUUAUGCUGAUAUUAAAACAUACUUAUUCUA